CGGACCCGAGCUACUCACGGUCAAUACUGUUGGAAAUUUCGGAAACGAAAUAGAGAAGAAAAGCAACAAAUUGGUUGAGAAAUCCGAGAAAAUCUUUGCCAUCUCCGUCAGUAGCAUUGCUUUGGGUUAAGGAGAUUGCGAAGAAAGGGUUACUCAACCUCAAGUUGAUAUUAUUGAAUGCGAAGAAAGCUCAUAAAGCUUGAGCCGACAUCGAAUAUUCGUCAGCAAUGGCCGCUGCCAAAACGGAAGCAGCCGUUUCGGUUGCAAAUUCAAACCUUGAAAACUCUGAAAGCUGGAAAGCAAAUCUCAAACUACCACCUAAAGAUAACCGAUUUAAAACAAGCGAUGUCACUGCAACCAAGGGCAAUGAAUUUGAAGACUACUGCCUCAAGCGUGAGCUUUUGAUGGGUAUAUUUGAGAAGGGUUUUGAUAAGCCAUCGCCCAUCCAAGAAGAGAGCAUCCCUGUUGCCCUAGCUGGAAGGGAUAUUCUUGCUCGAGCUAAAAAUGGCACAGGGAAGACAGCGGCUUACCUAGUCCCUCUCCUUGAAAGAACUGACACUACAAAGAACUGCAUUCAAGCUCUUGUUCUAGUGCCCACACGAGAAUUAGCCCUACAGACUUCCCAGAUCUGCAUUGAGCUUGGUAAACACAUGGGCGCACAGGUCAUGGUCACAACAGGAGGGACUAGUUUGAAGGAUGACAUUCUAAGAUUAUACAACAAAGUGCACGUCAUUGUGGCCACACCUGGGAGGGUGCUUGAUCUAAUGAAGAAGAAGCUGGCGGACAUGAGCAAAUGUCAAAUGCUGGUGAUGGACGAGGCUGACAAACUGUUGUCUAUGGACUUCAAAAAGAUGCUUGAGCAGAUUAUUAAGCAUUUGCCAGAAAACAGACAGAUCCUGCUAUUUUCAGCCACAUUCCCUAUCUCUGUGCGGGACUUCAAGGAGAAACACUUGCGCAAGCCAUAUGAGAUCAACCUCAUGGACGAACUAACUCUGCAUGGAGUCACACAGUAUUAUGCAUUUGUGGAGGAAAAACAGAAAGUGCACUGUCUUAACACAUUAUUCCAAAAGCUCCAGAUAAACCAGUCCAUCAUCUUCUGUAACUCAGUGCAGCGCGUGGAACUUCUUGCCAGGAAAAUAUUAGAGCUUGGCUUCUCUUGUUUCUACAUUCACGCCCGCAUGUCUCAGUCCCACAGGAACAGGGUGUUCCAUGACUUUAGACAGGGUCACUGUCGCAACUUGGUCUGCUCAGAUCUCUUUACUCGUGGUAUUGAUAUACAGUCUGUCAAUGUUGUGAUCAACUUCGACUUCCCGAAAAACUCAGAGACAUACUUGCACAGGAUUGGUCGGUCUGGUCGAUUUGGUCACCUGGGUGUGGCCAUUAACCUUAUCACUUACGAUGACCGCUUUGAUCUGUACAAGAUUGAGAAUGAACUAGAUACAGAGAUCAAGCCAAUCCCAUCUGUGAUUGACAAGAAGGUAUAUGUUGCAGAAUUCCAACAACAGCAGCCAGACGAUGAGGAGUAAGCAUGAUGCUCCCUUUGGGGAAUAGGGUAGGGGUUUAAACAGAUUAUACUAGCUAAGCCUUCUGGAUCUAAUUUUACCAUGCUUUCUACAGAUAGGUAAUUUUUUCUGUGUUGCUAUCACAUGAUGUGACCUUAGGAAGAUUGUAAAUUUGUUCAGAGCAAGCUAGAACAGAGUAUGAAAUUUAGAUUCCAAAGUUUUGAACGUGUUUUUAAAGGCUUGUAAAGCUUCUUCUUUUUGAUCUUGACUAUAAAGUUUGGCCAGCUUUGAAAUAUAAAUUUCACACCUGAUGCAUCAAAAUAUAUGUUUUGAAUCACUGAAGACUUCUAACAAAUCUUAAAGUGACAUGGCGAUUUGUGAUGCUGAUGAAUAAAGACAGAAACGACAGUGACAGUUAUGUGAAAACAAGGGGAGAUAGAUGGUGAUGAGAUGAUGGUGAUGAUGAUGAUGAUGAUAUUGAAGAAGUUGGUGAAGUUAUAAUGGUGCUAAGAUGACACAUGUAAUGCCAAUGGUUGGACAGUUGUAGUAAUAAUUGGUUUGUAAUCAAUGCCACCCUGCUAAACGUCAACAAUUUCACAAUUUCUACAGUGGUCACUUGGGUUGAGAUUUGAAUCACAUCUUGCAGGAGAGGUUUGCAUUUGUGGCUGGUAAAGUCAUGUACCAAGAAUGACAGCUAAUUCCAACUUUAGGAAAGUGCAGCACCACAAAGUCACUUCACAUCUUAAGGCCAUGUCACAUGUAGACCUUUCGGCUGCCACUUGUCUUGCAAAAAAAAUUGUUGUAGGUCGCAUGCGCCUUGUCACACGUGAAGUUUUUCCUGCGACUUGAAAAAUUUAUUUGCAGAAAGUAGAAGAUCGUUCUACUUUUUUCGACUUUGAGAAAAUCAAAACAAGUUGCAAAGGGGGUGUCACACGCAUAAAAGUGCAUGUGUGUCCUGCAAGAUUUUCGAGACAGGUCGCAAGAGAAAGGCAUACGUGUGACAGAGCCUUUAGAUGUUUGUGUUUUUUGUAUGUAAUUUUUUUGUCUGUUGUUUGUUUAUGUCUGUUGCCUGUGGUCAUUCCUGACAUUCAGGUCUGGCGUUAAUAAUCUGGAACAUAUAUACCAUUUAUUCAGCAAUAACAGAAACUGUGGGGGAGUGGCUGUGGGGAUUGUGGGAUCAUUCGCAUGACAGGACAAAGCCAAGGUGCCUGCCUUGUGCCGCCAAACAGUCCUACAUCCCUUGCUCAUAGCUCCUUCUAACUACACCCUCACUUGUUCUGUUAUCUGCAAAUUCUUUGGAAAUGUGACAGACUCUUUGAUCACUGUCUGCUCCUCCUUCUCCAAAUGGCAUAAGUGCCAUUCUGAUAUUAAUAGACCUAGCCCUGAUAGACUUUUGUAACACUAGAUUGUGAAAUGUCGUAGCCCACCUUCAGUUCUCACAUAGCAUACCUAACAUUAGAAACAGCGACCAUGCAACACUCCCAAUUGCAUUGCUAUGCUUACAAUCUAACACAGAGACAUACUAGCAGCUGCAAAAGAAACUGAGGCUGGAGUUUCCUUGAGCCAUGUUUUUGGGACCUCUUUCUCCUGUGUGUGAAACUCAGGCUGUAUCUAGGUAGGGGUGGAGCAGAUGGGUGGGGGGGGGGGGGGGAGGGGAGGGGAUAAUCAAUGUCAAAGUACCUGGUAGUUGUACUGCAGUGCUAGCUCACAGGGAAAAAAGAAGAGCCUAGAAAUGAACAAUAUUUCCUUUUCAUCUGUGAAUGUGCAUUGUAGUAUUAGAUACUGCAUAACCACUAAAGGUUUUAAGAUGCUAAGGUUAGGAGUGGGUAACCCAAGAAAGAUAGCCCCACGGAUUGGACUGUGCUUAACCUUGAAGUGUAACAAAACAGAAAAAUUUAAUUCUAACAUAUGAGUCGGAGUGAAAAAAACAUUGACCACAUUGUGGUAUGAAGUCUUUGCGGUUAUGCUGUAUUGAAGCCAGGCUAUUUAUUUGUAUUCAAAUGUACAUAUGUAGAUAAAAUUCUAAUUAGGUAACAAAGUUUAUUUUCCAAACCUGCCCCCAGGAAUCUGGUGAGCAUUCAGGUGAUAUAUGACCUGCAAAACAAACAUUCCUAGAAUUGAAAACAAAGAAAUAGGAAACAGCCUAUUGAAUUGCAGAGGACAGUGUAACUGCAUCAAGUUAAAUUCCUAUUUCUGUAGAAUAUUUAGCCAGCAGAAACAGGCUUAAAACCAUUCAGUUCCAUGUUUGUAGUGAAAGGUCAUAACAUCCAGCCAGAAACACACGAUUGAGCUUGAAACAAGCAUGACAAAACUCAGAAGCUAUCUACUGUCUGACAUUCCUUUAUAUACCAAAGGGAUUUAUUUACAUGACAUGAGAUCACUCAACUUCUGAUUUAGCAUUAACAACCUGCGGUCAACAUUUUAACUUUGUAGCUCAAUUAUAUGUUUCUGAUGCCAAAGAAACAUUUGUCUUCAAGGAGCUAGAAGAAGUAAAUAGCUUUUUCUAGUAAAUUUUUGCUAUAGCUUCAUAUCUGUUCAUAAAACGCUCAAAUGAUCAUGUUCUCACUGGUUUCAAAUUCUGAGCCUAGGCUAUAUAAUGAGGGUACCAAGGAUUGCCUGAGGUGAAGUGUGCAGUCGAAGAUUGACAGUAUUCAACAGUACAUCAAUAAGUGAUCCACUUUUUAAUGGCCAAGAUGGGAUGCACAGGCCCCUGGGUUUGCUCUUUAGUACAUCAAUAAGUGAUCCACUUUUUAAUGGCCAAGAUGGGAUGCACAGGCCCCUGGGUUUGCUCUUUAGUACAUCAAUAAGUGAUCCACUUUUUAAUGGCCAAGAUGGGAUGCAUAUGCUCCCUGCACAGGCCCCUGGGUUCGCUCUUGAUAUAGUUCCAAGGCUUGCAUUUGGAACUAGUGAAUACCUGUAAGAAUUCUGGGUGAAUUAUGAGCAUCCAAGAAGAAAGUAUGUUUCAGGCUAAAUCCGUGUGGCUAUUUGAAUAGGAGGUCUCACGCUGAGGGAUCCAGUGCUUUAAUUCUUCAAAUAUCUCUUUUAGUGACAUCAAAUGGACAACGAGUUAAAGUCACUGGAUCGUUAAGCAUGGGUAGAUCAUUGGUUUAUUCUCAUAUGUCCAUCUUUUUAUCUCAUUUUUCCACUCGAUGGCUUGUGGACUUAGCCUGUGACAUCAAAUUAUUUUUCUACAAUUUUAAACUGCAGUGUAUUGCAUAAAAUGCACCAUCACUGCAGAAGGAAAGGACACAUAUGGAAUGGUACAUAUCCUCUACCUCUUUAGAGCUCCAAAAUUCCAUUCUCUCUUACGUUAUGCCUAAACUAACAUUCGCAUAGUACAUACACUUAAAGCAUAAUUAUCCUUGAAGAAAUGGUUGGAGUCUCAAGAGCUGAGGACUAAUGUCCCUUAGAAACAGCUGCUAGAUAACUGAUUAAGCAGCUUACAAUAGGCAAAUAACACCAUGCCCAUAACUAGUAGUCUUAACUACCAUGAAUAGGCCAGAAAACUUGAGUGUUGGCCCAUGAAACAAAGAUCAGACCAGCUGACUCUAGCAUAGGCUAGUGAACCAAAGAUCAGACCAGCUGACUCUAGCACUGGCCAGUGAAACAAAGAUCAGACCGGCUAAUUCUAACACAGGCUAGAGAAACAAAGAUCAGACCAGCUGAUUCUAGCACAGGCUAGUGAAACAAAGAUCAGACCAGCUGAUUCUAACACAGGCCAGUGAAACAAAGAUCAGACCGGCUGACUCUAGCACAGGCCAGUGAAACAAAGAUCAGACCGGCUAAUUCUAACACAGGCUAGUGAAACAAAGAUUAGACCAGCCCGUCUGAAAUAAAGCAAAGGCUUUUAAAACAUAAAAUAGCCUUAAAAACUAGGCUUUUUCAAUUCAAAAGCAAAAUACAUAGUUAAUAUGUGAAACAAAGAAAUAAUUAAAGAGAUAGACAGUUGAAGUGAAUAAGGUAGAAAGGAUGGUAGUGGUGAUGAUGCGGACGAUGAUAUUGAUGAUGUCUUGGUGAUCAGUAUUAUGAUGGGAGUGGUGAUGAUAGAGGUGAUGAGGGUGAUGGUAAGGCAUAUUGAGAAGGGUAAUGAUAGCGUUGAUGAUGAUGAGGUUGACAGUAAAGUGACAUGAAAGCGAUGUGGAGGAUAAGAAUGUUACUUGAACACAAACAUCCAUGACAAUAAUAAACUAUGCACAAACUUGAUACAGGUUUAGCCUAACUUCUAUUCUCCAUUCUUGCUUUCUAGUCAGUAUUAUUUUUCAAAUCAUAUGAUAUUUUUUCUAGGGUUGUUGUUGUGUUCAGACAAAACUGAAAACGUUUUUUUAGUUUUCUUUUCCUCUUGUAGUUGAAGACUUUUAAUUCUGUUACAAAAACAGCAAGAACAUCUUUUUUUUUUUACCUUUUUUCAAAUCCUUAACAGUUCACAGUUUUCAGUUUGUUUUCACUUGUUUUGCGAAAUAUCUAGAUGCUUGUUGCAUCUACAAACUUUUGUUUCUAAAGCUGACACUUCCAUAUCCCUUUAAGCCUAUGCUUGGAUACUCAGUAGACUUUGCAGUUGACCCUAAAAUUUAGUGCAUUAUUUUUUUGUGGCCAAAGAAAGAAAGUCCUGGAUCAUCUAGCAUUUUUAAACAUCAAACCUUAUCUAGAACCAACAAGAACGGAAGUGUUUGCUCUGGACCCAUUACAAACAUUAUCAGUAGCAUAGGGCCUUACCAUUACUGGACAGGCUGCAUGGUAGUGAAAAUGUUUGGUGAAGAAUGGAUUGGCAUAAAUACUUUUACAGCUUCAAAAUAAAGUUAGUAGUGCCUGAAUUUUGAACAGCUGGCUUUUGCAAUUUCUGAUAAAGGUGUCUAAAUUGAAUAAUAAUGACAAUUCCUUAGUCAGAAUAGCGACAUUCAAUAGAAGGCAGCUCCAAAGACUCAUUAACAAUGAAAGAUGCAAAGUUGGCUUGUUCAAUAAUGACUUCAAUGUAUGGUAAAUUGAAUCCUGGUUCCUGGCAAAUCGAAUCCUGGAGUCAAGAUAAAUCAAAUCCUGGUAUCUUGGUUGAUCUAGUUCAAGUGUCUAUUAUUUUUGCCAAUCCAAUCCUUGUUAGUUGUGUUGUCUUGUACAAUGUUCAAAUACCACUGUUCUAAAUUUCUAUGAUUGGAUCCUUCACAUAACACCAAAACAGUUUUCACAUCUGCGCAAGACUGCAGGGGUUCAAUGUAGAAAUAUAGAACAGUGGGUCUAAUAAAAAGAAAAAAAACUAUUGUAUCACCAUUUGUUAGGUAUGUAACUGUAUCAAUGAAAUCAAUUAAUUAUAUUUUAUUUGCUGACUUAAAAAAAGACUUGUCCAUUCGAUGGUUUUAUAGUUUACAGUAGAAUAUAACUCCACUAAUAUUGAUUAUACAUUCGGUUUUCUGAUGUACCUGAAAUUUAAAAUUUUGUUUAGAAACCUUUUGAUAUAGGAUAAGAUAUGUAACUGUUCCUCAGGUAUCAAUAAAUGGUGAAAUAAUA